AUGGCGCCCAAGAAGUCGCUCAUUUGGUCUUCGAUUGCUGCAUUUCUGUUGGGUACGGCCAGCGCACAAGCUCCGGCGGUGACGACCGUCAAAGUUGACGCAGCGGGCUCGACAUGUCCGCCAGAUGUGACAGUCGCUGUGGUGACUGGGGUCUACAACACUUAUAUCUCCGCUUCGACGUUGUAUUCCUUCUAUAUCCCUGGCAACGGCAACGCCAUUGUAAUCAACAAUGGUCCAACCUACUAUCAAACAACAUAUGUAGUCACGACCACAGCGACCGUCACUGCGAGUCCAACCGGUGGCAAUACAAUCAAUCCAGGGCAGCAAUCUACAACUGGUACCAGCCCGGUCGCUACCGGCUCAGGUUCCACCACACAAGGCCCAGCUGCAUCGACCACAACUCCUCCGAUUCAGUCGACCGUGCCGCCUCCAAGUACAGUCACGACCGCCUCGUCUAUUGUGGCUGUAGUCACCAAUUCUGAUGGCAGUGUUUCGACGACGACACUCGCACCUGAACCCGACCUGUCUAUUGGUCAAAACUUUCCGCCUGGCACAGUAGCCGCAAUCCCUUCUGAAAGCCCGGCACUCAUCGCUGUCGCCAUUCCGGGCCUCAGCAAUAAGAAGCGGCAGGAAGCUGGCAGUGGUAGUAAAGCCUUGGGGUAUGCUGGUGCGCCAGAGGGCGCCACAGCAGACAGUUGUGCCUAUGCCAAACGGUACUUCAUUCAGGACGGUCUGAUGACCGAAUUGAACUCAGGAGGCCAGGUGAACAGGAACGUCAGCCAGGAUUUCGUUCAAUUCGAACCCUCUUUCGACUCCAACACCGCCAUCUCUUCGUUCAAGUUCGUCGACGGUGUCCUAUCCUGGGACACGCCGAUAGAAGAUGGGGGCAGUGCAAACUUUUACCAGUGUGGCGACAGCAAGGUCUAUGCUGGCUGGCCUUCGCCGAGGCUACCUGACUGUUACUCAGUCGUGCUCGGCGCUGUGGGAGCAAGCAGCUGCCCAUACGAUUUCUCAGCAAGAGAAGAGCCUGCGCUGCCACCACCAGAUGUGUCCAGCAGCACUACGGACGAGGCUACCGUUAGUACUACGGAUGUGCCUCCUUCCAGCAGCGCGGACCAGCCAACGAGUCAGGUCAUCACCACCGAAGUAACAACGGAGGUUACUGUGACACAGAGUGAUGGCGGUACCACUAUCGUUACCACUGUCACAGAUGUGACCAUCACGCCACGCCACCUGCUGCCACUACGACAAACGCGCCAGUCAAUCCUGUAG